CAAUAUCGUAAUUAAUAACCCAGACCUGUCCCUUUAACAAACCAGUGUAAGUGCAAUAUUAGUUUAUUAUAAAAAGAGGAUGACGAAGAUAAUUCUGUGUUCAAUUGUCGUCAUUCGUGAAGUCUCUCCUGCAGCACCGUUCAAUUUGGAAUCGACAAACAUUGAAGAUCGAUCCUUCUGUUCUGAGCGUAAUCGUAGAGCUGAUUGCAUGGAUAACCUCAAGGAAGAGAAAGAUGCGCCAUGGUUAUCAGUGCCACAAUUUGGGGAUUGGGACCAGAAGGGACCAUUACCAGACUACUCUUUGGAUUUCUCAAAAAUCAGAGAGAAGAGGAAACAAAACAAGAGAGAGAUAUCAAGAACUAGCAUUGGUAAUGAAGAAGACUUCAUCUCCUCCAAUAAAGUCAAACAAGAUACACCACAGCCAAGUGCUCCCCUUAAGCAGUACAACGAGGACCCCCACUCUCCAAAUGUGCAGAAAAGACGAAGCGGAUUAUAUUGCUUCAGUUGCUGCAUGAAGGCAUGAUAUGUUUCAUUUCAUGGAGAGGAGAGAGAUUUUUAAUCUUCAAAAUUCUCGGUAUAUGUUUCUUUGUUUGCCUUGUUUUUGUUGAUAUACAUGUGAUUUAUGAUGAUGAUGAUUGCUGUGUGGGAUUUCUUCUUUAAAAUUUGCAUAAUGUAUAUAUGAUUAGAAUGAAUGGUACAAUGGAUUUGACUUUUGCUAA